AUGAGGAAAAAGGAGGGCAGCGAAGAGGAGAUGGAUGGGCAGAGAAGUGUGUGGAGAGGACGAGUGAGCAAUGAGAAGCAGACGGGGAGACAGGGAGAGGGGGAGACGAUUGAUUGGGAGUCCCUGAGUUCAGACAGCUCCAACCACAGAGGCCUCCAUCUGUUUCCCCCAAAGCACCGGAGCUACAUGGUGAUCCAGAAUAAGAGUCGACACGGGUCGUGUGGGGGCAGAGUGCUCACAUCUUUCAUCCUACACACUGAUGCGUGGUGCAUCCACUUCUCUCAGGAGCCGGCGGACCAGUCGGUGGUGCUAGGGGAGCGGGUGGUGCUGUCCUGCGUGGUCUUCAACUACAGCGGCAUCGUCCAGUGGACCAAGGACGGCCUGGCCCUCGGCGUGGGGGAGGGUCUCCGAGCUUGGCCCAGGUACCGUGUGCUUCGGGCUCUGGACAUCGGCCAGUACAACCUGGAGAUCUCCCAAUCGGAGCUGUCGGAUGACUCUCUGUACGAGUGUCAGGCCACGGAGGCCGCCCUGCGCUCCAGGAGGGCCAAACUCAAUGUACUCAUCCCGCCCGGAGACCCGGUGGUGGAGGGGACCCCGGAGCUGCUGCUGAUGGCCGGGAACCCGUUCAACCUGACCUGUGUGACCCGGGGGGCCAAGCCUGCAGCGCACCAUCCAGUGGACAAAGAUGGAGCGGGCAGUCGGGGGCCGUUCCAGUCCACGGAAGUGUUACCUGACAGGAAGAGGGUGACAACCAGGAGCUACCUGCCCAUCAUCCCGGCCGACACUGACAGUGGUCGCAACUUCACCUGUGUAGCCAGCAACCCUGCGGUUCCCAUGGGAAAGCGAGCUACUGUUACCCUCAACGUCCACCACCCUCCUAUGGUGACCCUUUCCAUCGAGCCUCGCUCCGUCAUGGAAGGAGAGAGAGUAACGUUCACCUGCGCGGCCACCGGAAACCCUCCAAUCAUCGGAAUCAGGUGGGCGAAGGGUGGCGUGCUGCUAGAGGGAGCGAGGGAGACUGUGUUUGUCACCACGGCUGAUCACUCCUUCUUCACCGAGCCCGUGUCCUGCCAGGUCUUCAACGUGGUGGGAAGCACCAACGUCAGCAUCCUGGUGGACGUGCACUUUGGCCCUAUACUGAUCAUUGAGCCUCGGCCUGUGACAGUAGAUGUGGACGCUGACGUCACUCUGAACUGCAAGUGGUCCGGAAACCCCCCCCUCACCCUCACCUGGACCAAGAAGGGCUCCAGCAUGGUGCUCAGCAACAACAACCAGCUGUAUUUGAAGUCAGUGAGCCAGGCCGAUGCAGGCCAGUACGUCUGCAAGGCCAUCGUUCCCCGGAUUGGAGUCGGGGAGACGGAGGUUACACUCACCGUCAACGGCCCUCCAAUCAUCUCCAGCGAUACAGUUCAGUACUCUGUCCGAGGCGAGCGAGGAGAGAUCAAGUGUUACAUCGCCAGCACCCCCCCACCUGAUAAGAUUGUGUGGGCCUGGAAGGAGAACGUGUGGGAGAAGGAGAAGGGCACGCUGAUGGAGCGCUACACCGUGGAGCAGAGCAAACCUCUCGAUCAGGGCGGAGCCGUGCUCUCCACCCUCACCAUCAACAACGUGAUGGAGACAGACUUCCACUCGCCCUACAACUGCACCGCCUGGAACUCCUUCGGACCCGGGACCAUGAUCAUCACCCUGGAGGAGACCGAUAUUGUACCAGUGGGAAUUAUCGCCGGGGGUACAGUGGGCUCCUGCAUUCUGCUGCUUAUGUGUCUACUGGCGCUCGCCUUCUUCCUGUACCGCCAACGCAAAGGCAGUCGCCGGGGUGUCACCCUCGGUAAACCCGACAUCAAGGUAGAGACGGUCAACAAAGAGACCCACAGCCUGGAGGAGGAGGCGGCCGACAUCUCCACGGCAACCCGGAUGGUCAAGGCCAUGUACUCCCCGUUCAAAGACGACAUGGACCUGAAACAGGACAUCCGGAGCGAGAGCGACACCCGGGAGGAGUACGAGCUCAAGGAUCCAACCAAUGGCUACUACAACGUCCGAGCCACCACCCACGAGGAGGCGCGCCCCCAGUCCCGGGCCAUCCACUACCAGGGUGAGUUCCGCUCUCCGAACCCAAACAUCGGACCGGCCGGCCCCCCCUCCAGUGGAUCCCCUGCUGGAGCCAGUGGAGCUGUUGCCCCCAGUGGAGUCCCAGGAUCCAGGUCAGGCUGCUACGACCCCCGCCCACCAUCCAGGAUCUCUCACCCCACCUACGCCCAGUUCAACACCUUCACCCGGGUGGCUCAGAGCCAGCAAGCACCUCCCAAUCCAACUCUACAGUCGCCUGGAGAUUACCCCGGAGACUGCGGUCUGAUGGACAACAACACCCAGCUGGCCUACGACAACUACGGGUACCCCUCCCAGUACCCUACUUACCGGAUAGGCUUCGCUCCACCCAUAGAGGAAGGGCCAGCCUAUGAGAUGUAUCCGACAGGGCAAGGGCCAGGGCCAGUGAUGGGACCGGGGCCAGGGAUGAGCCCAGGGCCAGGGAUGGGACAAGGGCCAGGGAUGGGACAAGGGCCAGGGAUGGGACAAGGGCCAGCGAUGGGACAAGGGCCAGCGAUGGGACAAGGGCCAGCGAUGGGACAAGGGCCAGCGAUGGGACAAGGGCCAGGGCCAGGACCAGGACAAGGGCCAGGACCAGGACAAGGGCCAGGGCCCGGACCAGGACCAGGGCCGGGACAACAGAGUCCUGAGGCGGGUCUGGGGCAGUAUGGAACCUCCACUCGCUUCUCGUAUUCGUCUCCGCCUUCUGACUAUUCCCAAAGACACAUACAGCGGAUGCAGACUCAUGUUUGAGAAGCACACACCCCUUGACCUGCUUUUUGAAGCUGCAGUACGUGUUACACAUUCAUCAAAAACAUUCUUAAACAAAAAAAACAAAAAAUCUAUUUCCAUAGCAUCCAAUGCAUGGAAUUUGGUUCAUUUUGUAACCAAUAAAACCCCACGAUAACUCACCGCAGCAUCGCAACAACACACACUGAGCAGCAAUACACACAACACAUGCAAAGCGAUGCUCACAUGUUUGCGCAGACCUGCUGUUGCGUGCAGUGCGACAGCGAGAGCCACAAUCAUGAGAAAAGAGACGAAAAGAGAAAAAGAGCACUUUGAAGAAGAGUGCGCUGAGCUUAAAGAGGAACAGAGGAACGUUCUCCAUCCUGAAAUCCUCGUCCUGCUCUUGGAUCAUCUCCCUGCAUCACACUUUGCUCACAUCCCAUCUCUGUAAAUAGGUGCAAAUGGAGUCAUUUUAAAGUUAUUUCCUUGUACAAACCUAUACAAUGUGAUGCAGUACAGUGACCUACAGCCAACCGUCCUGUAGUCCACACUUUUUCUGACUCUGGCAUUUUGCAAAAACACACACACGCAGAUCUUUGAAAACGUAUUUGUUUCGAUGUAUACAGCAGCGGAGCAGCUUGGACUUUAAACAUCUUUGGCACUUUUUGAUCUCCUCACUAAAACUUGCCCAGUGGCCAUCGCCUACCUACGAGAUCUACCUUGAUUUGACUGGGACACAGUUUCUUAAAGUGGUGCAGUUAGUGACCAGAGUGCCAAUGCUUAUGUGCCAACACACACAAACUCUUAAGGUGUGUCUACUUUUGUAAGGAGUCGUCUGGACAAUGAGGUUUUCUACAUCUGCGAGCAAAGGAAAGGAGUGGUAGCAAGCGUCAAUAUAUGCUCAUUUCUCCUCCUCGUCUGUCAUUUGUAAUCAUCAUGAUGCAUUUCUGUACUUACAUUUCACUCGAGGUCAUUGCUGUGUACAGUAUUUGUGAAACGAGGUGUGACGGAAGCGCUUUUUUCAUUCAAUCAAUUUCUGCAAUUUGUACAAAAAGAUACCUCCCCUACCCUCCAGUGUCAAAAAAAAGUAUUUGUUUCUCUCACUUGCACAGUAGAAUAGAUUUUGUUCCCAUAUUUAUACCGAAACUAUGAAGAAAAAAGGCAUUCAGAAACAUUUUAUAGUAUUUUUCUAAGGAGUUGUGGACCAAAGGUUCAGCGUUUUGGGUGAAACUCACUUUUUAAAGUGUACGUGGCGACAUGAUCGUUAUUGGAAACGUUUUGAGUUUCUUUAAAAAGUGAUGGACGGUGGUAUUGAAGUGGUUGUUUGUAGACUAAAAUGAAAGGAAAUUGAAGAGCUUCAAUCCAAAAUGAUAAAUAUCCAUCAAAUCUAUUUGGGGGGAUAUCUCUGUUUGGUGUGAAACUCUUUCUGUGACUUCCAGUCUUUUGACCGGACUGCCUUUUUUCAAACGUCGACGACAUUCAAAAUGGUGGAUGGAGAAGAAAGCAGCUGCUCUCUUUGAGCUGCGAACUCUGUAAGAAAUGUGAAGUGUAGUCUAACAUAUCAAAAUGAAGGUAGAGAGGGUUCUAUCUAGCUCAUACGGUACUUUGUACAUUUAUAUGUAAAGUAAACUGGUGUGUCCCUGCAGAAGAACAUUUGGUGGUAUUUUAUGUCUGAGAUUGUUUCUGUUAUAUCGUGUCAGCUUUGGUUCGUGUGUUUGGACUUUAACCCAACAGGCUCACAAUAAUCAGCGUAUUGAAAUGAUGCUACUAACCUCUAACCUCUACUGAUGCAGCUACAAGCCCCAUGAACUCCCAGAAACAAAUUAUUUUACAACAAGAGAGAAGAUCACACGUGUCUGUUUGUCUGGUAGGGUCUUAAAAAAUCUGGACGUUUUCUCACUUAAAGCGCCAAAUAAGUCCAAAUCAAUACUAUAUUUAGCUUAUAAAAGGCUAACAAAACCAGUGUGUACUGUACCUGGAAUAUGGAACAAUCAAAUAUAUUGCCUUAUAACGACAUCUCAAUUAGUUAUUAUAAGAAAUAAAUUAUAAAAACAGUUUUAAUGCCAACUAUGGUUACAAGAAGACAGUUUUUGACAGCUUUAGAGAGAGCUUUGAAUGUCUAAAUGACAUCUUUUGAGAUAUUUCUCCUGAUGUUCCCCCCCACAGGAAAUAAUUAGACUUCCAGCGACGUAUCAAUAAUGUUGCUUGCUGUGUUAACACGGAGCUAAAAAACAUGUGUCUAAAGCAGCAACAUGUGCUUAAGUAAGAUCAAAUUCCUACUGGUUUUCAAAUUGGUUCAUGUUUACACGCACUGAGAUUUGUAAGUAAAAUUGGAUUUCUUUUUGUAUCAUACCAUCUCGCAAAUUCACCUGUAAUGGUGACAAUCAUGUUUUGAUUAGACGCAGCAGCAGCAGCAGCAGCAAACUUUACUUUGUACUAAACUCUAAAGUUCUAUUGGUUUCAUUGUGUUUUUUUAAGGGACAUUAGAUUAUACAUUGUUUUGGCAAUCACCAGGAACUGCUUCGACAUUUUCUUGAUGUUCUCCCUUUUCUUAAGGGCACGCUUUAUUGAAAAGUCAAAG